UUUUUUUUUUUAUUUCUCCUUUGCCCGUGGGCCGUGUUUCCUUGUCGAGCGUGUCGUGCUGUGCUGUGUUGGCCGGACAUCCGUGAUGUAUGCGUUUUGCGUGCGGUGUCUCAUACGCAGUAAACAGUGACGACGACUGCAGCCUAGUGGACGGGAAAAAAACCACCAACUGCGGCGACAAUCCAAUACACUACUAGUAGGUGUAAUAAUAAUAUCGUUAUUAUUAUCAUUACUAUGUGUACAACGUAAUAACGCAGUUUCGGCGGAAAAAAAAAUGCCAUCUCACCGGUAUCGGACCGUCUGAUCCGCGCAUCGGGCGACUAGCCGUCUUCUACGGCACCCAUGGACCGACAGGACAGCAUAAUGGACAAAAACGUCGUGUCCGAAGACGACAUCAGCGCGUUGAUCGGGAAUUUUGCCAAGGAAACGUUCAAGUGCACCAACAGCGAUCCGUUUGCUCUUGAUGUUAUGGACAAGUGCUUAAAUCUUCUAAGGUUGGAUUAUAAAUUUAUGAUUAUCGACAACAGCAAAGGCCGUAUCAAUGAACAGUAUCCGCACAAGAUACCGAUAAUACAACAUGAAAGGUAUCCAAGGGGCCCGAGAAAUGACAGAUCGUCGUCUAGUUCCGAUGACGUUUCACCAAUGGGAGCUUGCAGCCGCAAGAGAAACAGCUUGGGUGCUCCUUCUUCGAGUAACCACUCGUCUCCGGAGCCUUAUGCCCGAUCUCAGUCGCCUAGACAUAGUCCUAAAAAAACUACCGACGCCAUUGGCACUGACAUAGUGUCCAUCGACACAUUAAUUAACGAAGCAAAGUUUGCGCGGUGUCGAAAUCGUUUUGUCGUUCCCGUGAUAUUAUAUCAAGGAAAAUAUAUUUGCAGAUCUUCUACUAUAGCCAGAAUGACAGAAAUCGGAUUAGGAACGGCGUCCGAAAAAGGAUUAUCAUUUGAGGAGUUCCGGCAAUUAGAUAAAAAAAGAAAAUGUGACGUUGAAUUACUUAAAGCAUGGAAAGUUGGAACAAUUAUCGACUUAAUGGUUGAAAACGAAAAACAGAAGUAUUUAAUUGCCGUCACGUCAUCGGAAAAAGUCGACGACACACAAAAAUACGCCGUAUUCAGAAUUAUUCCGACUCCGUAUCCCGGUUGCGAAUUUUUUCACGAUUUCAAAAAGAACAACUAUAACUCUGAAGGUCUAAUGUUUAACUGGUCUGAUCCAGCCAUUAAUUCCACACUGAACGUAAAACCCAAUCCUGCAGUCGAUCAACUCGACAUCCAGUGGAAUAAAUACAAGGAAUGGGACUUGCGUCAACUGACCGAGAACUACUUGAGUUUGAUGUUGAAAUACAUUUGGUGUUCGUCAAAAGGAAUACUCAUUCAUUGCAUUAGUGGUUGGGACCGCACGCCUUUGUUCAUAUCGUUGAUCAGAAUGUCUUUGUGGGCUGAUGGAGUCAUUCAUAAGUCGUUAUCACCGAGCCAGAUGUUAUACCUAACUCUAGGAUACGACUGGUAUCUGUUUGGACACAACCUAGAAAAUCGGCUCGAAAAAGGAGAAGACAUCAUGCAUUUCUGUUUCCAUUUCUUGAAGUAUAUAUUUAGCGACGAUUUCAAGACGCCAACUGUUCCUUCUGCUGUUACUGCGCCAAACAGUCCAAAGUUCUCUUCGUACAUGGGUGAAUUUGAUUUAGCCGAUUUGGAUCAUUUAGAAAUACGUUCGAGACACAACAGCAACGGCAGCAACGAAGACUUGACAAUCGGCAAAGUCUACGACGGGUUCGACGAUUAUCAUUCGCAGUUUGAUUUCGAUCAAACUGUUACGACAAAAUUGAAGUCGUUGAAGAAGCCGACCGAAAAGUUUUUCAUCAAGGAAACCAUUUACGAAAUGGACGAUAUCGAAGAUAUCGACGACGAUGACUUCAUUAUAGCCGACGAAGUAGAAACAAAACGGUAUAAAUGUUCGUCUCCCCGUAGGCGUUAUCGUUCUAUGAGAUCGCCUGAUUCGGACUGUGAUAUAGACGAUUUCGAAUUCACCGCUAACGUCGAGAGGACAAUGCCCGUCGACAUGCCGUCGUCCAAUAAACGAAACCGGACAUGUUCCAAUUCGAGCGAAACUGACGAAUGGUCGAUGGUAACCCAAACCGGUAGCUUAAACGGAAACGAUAUUACCGACAAUAAGUUUAGAACUAUUUCAUCACGAGAAAAUCGAUUGUCCGCAAUUCGAGAACUGUUUCACAAAUGUUACAGUACGUACGGUUACAAAACUGACGGGCCCGAAGGUAUUCUUAGUAAAUUAUUAUUUUAACGCGUUCAAACGUCCUACGUACCUACGUGUCUAAUGUUUGACGGACUGAAUCAUACUAAAAGGCUGACAUUUAUUGGAUUAACUACAUUUGAGAAAACGUCCCGUGCUAACGUAUCGCGUCUUUCACUCGAUUUUGUGUGUUGAACGAUUUUGUGAUAGCCAACGUUAUGUAGAAAAUGUUGCCGGCUGUCUGGCCAGGUCCGACAUAGUUUGAAGUUGUUUUUGUUUGUAUUCGUAUACUUAGACUUGAUUUUCUUCGAUAUUAAAACUAUUUUCUCUCUUUCUCUCUUUUUUUUUUAUUACAUUUCAAUUAUCGCCACAUAACGUAGUCUUGUCUUAUAGUAACAAUUUUUCUUUUACGAGUUAUCCAAUAGCCACAAUUACAUUCGCAAACGGUCAAAUCUCCAAUGCAUUAAAAAAAAAAAAAACUAUUACACUUUUUUUAACAUCUUUUUAUAUUUAUAUAAUAUAUAUUAUACAGUAAAUCAAUUAUAGUGGUGUAUAAUAAUAUACUUGAGCAAUACACGGGGACGCGACAUCCUAACGUGUGUUUAUUUUUUUGUUCUUCGCCGAGGCUAUCAUCACACGUCAACAAAUGAAUUAUUGUAAAAAAAUACUUUUGUAUAAAUUUUCAAACCACGUAUUAAAAUGUAUGUAAAAAAAAAAUGUAAUGAAUUAUAUACAGGGUGAUUGCCUGGUGAAUUUAUGUUACGUAUACUCAACUUUAUGUAUACGGCUGUGUUCAAUCGGAAUCAUUUCCAGCCAAAUUUCAAUGUUUUUUUAAUGUUAUAAUUACUAUUUAUUUUUAUCAUUGUAUUAUCUUCUUUAAGCUGUUAGUAGGUAUUGUAUGAUUUUAUUAUUUUUCCUUUUGUUAUUGUAGUCUAUAUUCUAGCCACACCCGUUAUGUUGACGCGACACUUAUUUAUUAGUUCCCACGAACAGACUAUGGUUUUUUUUUUAACAACUUUUUGUUUAUAUACAAAUCAUCAUUUGCAAUAUUAUUACUAUAUGUGUACUUCUUAAUGUGUGAUGAUGACUGCCAGUAAACAAUACGCUGUAUAACUAAAUAUCUAAGUAUAUAAGGGGCAAGUCUACACUGUGCGUGAUUGUUUGUUACAAUUUCUUUUAUAUCUACCAACCCGUUACGGCGCAUCUUACGAAAACUAACAAGUUUCUCUUUUACCAAAAGAAAUAACCAUUUUUUUUUUUCUACAUAUGUUUAUAGUUAGUCUCGGUCGGUGUAAGGGGAUGGCUUUUCGCCUGACUUAUUAUUAGCAAUAACAAUAGGGAAAAAAAUCAAACUUGUUAGUAUUUCGUAAGUGGCGUCGGUUAAAUAUUGUGAUACAUUUUGAAAUUAAAAUUAGUAAUAAUUUUUUUAAUAUAUAUACAUACAAACUUUUAUACCGGGAGGUUUUUUUGAUAUUUAAACAUUAUCACUGACUUUCAAUAUUGUAUACUAAAUGUAAACAUCAUCUUAUCUAUCGUCAACAAUUACUUUGAAUUUUUUAUCGUAGCACCCGUGUACUCGCACAGUAUGACUUAUUCAAGGGGUACUUACUUAGUAAUAAGUAAUUCGUUUAAUAUUUUAAGCAGACAUAUGUUAUAGCCAUUUUUUUUUUUAAUAUCUUAUCAUAUUUACUACCCAAACAAGCACAGUUGAAUGUAGUUCAGUUCAGUAGGUCAUGAACACUCUUUACCGAGCCAAGACCGAUUGAAUGUGUUACAAGUUAUAAUAUAGUCGAUCGAUCACAUUUCAACAUAACAUAAAUUUAACAAUACAACAUUUCAGUUUAAUAUUAUUCUUGAAUGCCAUUUUCAUGGUAUAACUUAGAAUCACAUUAACGUUCAACAGAAAAUUGUCAUUGGGGGCUUUCCCUAGACGAAUACCGAAACGCCUUUGGCAAGUCGUUCCUAUUUUUAUUAAUAUAUUUCUUACCUUCAUUAAUAUACAUAAAUUUGAAUUUAAUAAAAUAAUUUUAAUAUUAAUUAAUCAAGGUAAACUGUGAGGCUGUUGAAUUUUUUUUUUUUUUUUUGUAUUGUACUUAAUAUAAAUAAUGUAAUAAUAAUAUAUUAAAUGGUAAUAAUUUGUGUUCGGACACAUUUGUUAAAGUCGCUAUAACACAUUUUUACGGUUGUGCGUUUGAUGAAUUGUAAUACAUUGUGGUUCACUUGAGAAAGUGGAAAUCGGAUUAGAAAGCGAUAUCUUUACAUUUCGAAAACAAUUUUUAACUAAAGUAAUUUAAGUCAGCAGAGUAAUAUAUUUUGUAAUAUCUAGAAAUAGUCGUAUACACCACAUCAUCUUUAUCGUGUCUUUUACUCAUGUGUUCAUAGACAUUAAGUACUUAAUUGUUUGUUAACUCGGCUGUGUCAGUUACGAAUAGCACAUGUAAAUUAUAAGAGAAAAAAUAUCUCAACACAAGUUGAUUGACGUUACAUCCGUUUGUGAUCUUAGCUUUGUAUUAACAAAAUACGUAUUAUAUUAUUAUACAAUAUAUUUAAGAAAUGCGUUUUGUUAUCCGAAACAUAAUUUUAUAUGUUACAUAAACCGAUUUUUUUUUUUUUAAAUCUUAUUAUAUAAUAUUGUUAAUAACAUUCUAUUUAAUAAUAAA